AAUUAGGAUUUAAAGAUUCAUAUAAUAUAUUAACUAAAUCUGACAAAGUUAGUAGCCAUUUCUUAAUUAGUGAAAAAGGAGAUAUACACCAGUUAGUACCUUUAGAAUUUAAAGCUUGGCAUGCAGGAGAAAGUUUUUGGAGUGGGAAAAAUGAUAUUAAUCAAUAUUCUAUCGGCAUUGAAAUUGUUAAUAAAGGUAUGAAACUUAAAUUUUUAAAUAAUAAGGUUCAAGUAUUAAAUAUAAAUACUUUUUCUAAUAAUAUAUACUUUGCUCUUGCAAAAUUAAUUUGUGAAUUAAAAAAAAUGUAUCCUAAAAUCCAAGAUAAAAAUAUAAUUGGCCAUAGUGAUAUAACAGCUAAAAAUUUAAGAAAAAUUGAUCCUGGCAUUGCAUUUGAUUGGAAAUUUUUAAAUAUACUUGGCCAUGGUAUAUAUCAUGAAAUAGAAAAAAGAGAUAAUAAUAAAAUUAUUUUUAAGUUAGGUGAUAAAGGACAAAAUAUUGAACUAUUACAAAAAAAAUUAAAAAAGCUUGGGUAUGAGAUAAACUACAAUGGCUUAUUUGAUAAGCACCUUGCUAAUGUUAUAUUUGCAUUUAACUUACAUUAUUUACAACAUUUAAAUAUUACCAAUAGCCAAAUAAAUUAUGGAAUAUGGGAUAUAAAUUCUGAAAAAGUAUUAGAAAAAAUAACCCAAUAUAUCACUUAA